ACCAACAACCUAUUUAAGGAAAAGGACAAAGAAACAAACAAAAUCAAAAAAAUGUAAUCAAUUUAGCUUCCAUGGAAUAAGCGGAAAAAACAAUACCUAGCUGGAUACUCCGGCAAGUGGCAACGUGGCAACCUUCUCAAACCUUUCGUCGCCCAAGUACACAUAUAUGACAAGGCUUUCAUGGGUGUUUUGGGCAUUUUCAGGGCUAGUUCAAUGAUCCUGGUGGUAGUGUGACCCUUCUUCUGUACCAUGAAUGUGAAAAAACUCAUGAAAACCCGAUUAAUCUCCCUUUCGGCCUUUGGAAAUAGUUGGUGUGGGAGGUGGAAGCGUCUGAAAACACCGCCCCAGCUGGCCCUGUCCCGUCAGGUCCCUUCACGACACCGCGGAGUAGUAGUGUCUUGUGCUCGGUUCGGACACUUGCUGGCCCUGAGUUAAUGAGGAAAGCAAGAUAACAUACAAUACCGGUACUGUUGUAUCAACCAUUGCUCAGUAGCAGGAUAGUUUGUCCUUCAAGGGAAAGACAUCCUUUUACCACAGGGGGAAGGUCUUCAGUUGCAUCUAUUGCUUCUGUGCAGAUUAAAAGCAAGUGAGUAAUGCUUCCUCGUUUAACAUUAAGAAGGCUCUUGGAGGGUCAUCAUGUUAGCUGCCGAGCCUUGGGAGUCCGGUUGUUGGGGAGUCACCACAACCACCAGAGGGAGUGGAGUGGACAGCAGCAGCAAACAAGACACAAGCAACAAGUAUUGGCAACAUUGGCUGGUGUUGGUGCUGGCAUUGCUCUGUGGAUGAAGUACAAUCACCAAACAGCAGCAGCCAAGUUAGAGACUGCAGAUGAGACACAAAAGUAUGGUGUGUACCAGAAUGGACUACCAGAGUACACACUUGAAGAUGUGUCAAAACAUGCCACCAUAAAGGACAGAGUGUGGGUGUCCUUCGGAUCUGGAGUAUAUGACAUAACAGACUUCAUUGCUAAGCAUCCAGGUGGGGACAAAAUUCUUCUGGGUGCUGGAGGAUCAGUGGAACCCUUCUGGGCUCUGUAUGCAGUACACAAAAAUCCUCAUGUGUUGGACUUGUUUGAGCAGUACAGGAUUGGAAACCUGGCAGCUCAGGAUGUUGGUGAAUCAGUCAAGAACAUGGACGAUCCUUAUGCCAAUGAACCCAGAAGACACAUCACAUUGAAGCCAUCAUCCAAACAGCCUUUCAAUGCUGAACCACCAUUAUCACUUCUCGUAGACAACCUCAUCACCCCAAAUGAGUUGUUUUAUGUGCGUAAUCAUCUGCCUGUGCCAGACAUUGAUGCAUCAACAUAUGAACUGGAGUUGUUUGAUGAAGAAUCACAGAAAGAAAAGACUCUGACCUUGAAGGACAUAAAAAAGUAUCCCAAACAGACAAUCACUGCCACUGUCAUGUGUGCUGGCAACCGCAGGUCAGAAAUGAUCAAGGUUAAACCAGUUAAAGGAUUGAGCUGGGGUCAAGCAGCCAUUGGAAAUGCAACCUGGAGUGGAGCACGAUUGUGUGACGUCCUCAAAGACAUGGGGAUUGAAGAUGGCAAGACAAGUGCUGUGCAUGUGCAGUUUGAAGGACUUGACACAGAUCCUACCAGCAUGCCAUAUGGAGGUAGUAUUCCAAUUGAAAAAGCAUUGGACCCACAUGGAGAUGUCAUUUUGGCCUAUGAGAUGAAUGGAGAACCCAUCCCUCGUGACCAUGGCUACCCAGUCAGAGUUAUUGUUCCUGGGGUCGUUGGAGCCAGGAAUGUCAAAUGGCUAGGUAAAUUAUAUACACCCUGCAACCCAAAACUCUCGUACCAACACAAGUAA